AGACCCCCCCACCUCCUCCUCCACCCCACCCCUCUGCACCCCCCAGGCAACCCCCCCGUUCCAAACAAACCCCUCCCACUCGCGCUUGUCCUCAAACCCACUCCCCAGUCGCUGCCGCGCUGCAUUCUGGGCCGCCAGCAUGUCGGUGACGGACGAUGAAGUUAUACGCAAACGGCUUCUGAUUGAUGGAGAUGGUGCUGGUGAUGAUCGGCGUAUUAACCUGCUUCUGAAGAGCUUCAUUAAAUGGUGUAAUUCUGGAUCGCAGGAGGAGGGGUACAGUCAACAUCAGCGAAUGCUUGGCACAUUGGGCCAGUGUGAGUUUUCUAUGGGAAAAACAUUACUUGUGUAUGAUAUGAACUUGAGGGAAAUGCUCAACUAUGAGAAAAUAUCUAAAGACAUUGAAAGUAACAUUUCAGCUGCUCAUGACAAGAUUUCAGAAUGUAAAAAACAGAUUCAACAAGCAAAGCGAAUUCGAAAAAAUCGGCAAGAAUACGAUGCAUUGGCAAAAGUGAUCCAGCAACAUCCUGAUAGACAUGAAACUUUACAGCAAUUGGAGGCCCUGGGUAAAGAACUUGAACAUCUUUCCCAUAUUAAAGAGAGUGUUGAAGAUAAGCUUGAAUUAAGAAGAAAACAGUUCCAUGUUCUACUCAGCACAAUACAUGAGCUACAGCAAACACUAGAAGGUGAUGAAAAAUUGUCAGAAGGUGAGGACUCGCCAGAGACAAGAAUGGAGAUUCAAAAUGGACAGUAGUGGAACUGCCGUUGAGAGAUUCUAUAUUCUAAUAAAAUGUUACUUUAUAAUAGAGGAAACAUUUCAUGUGAAACAUUCAAUUCCUACCCUAUAAUUCCAAAUGCUUUUUAUGUCCAGGUAGGAAAAGAAAAGCUCAAUUUGUUUACUUAUAAAAUAUUUUUGAAACUAAAUGUUUACUGGAGGAACCAAUAUGAAAUUUGUGUGCUAUUCAUCUUUCUAAUUUGUAUUAUAAAAUAUUGGAAAAGAAAGCUGGGAAGAUGAGGUCAGUGGGGAUGAAUUAAUUAUUUCUAGUAAGUUGGAAAAAAAAUUGGAAUUUUCCAAAUGAAAAGCCUCCUUUCUAUUUUUUAUAAAGCAAAAGAUCCAAUAAUUAUGUUUUUUUGUUUUCUAAGUAAACCUGUCUUGAACCAAAAGUUGAACCAUUUGAAAGUUUAUUUGCAGAAAUUAAUAGCUGCUUUCGAGCAAUAGUAUUUUUCUCUUCCUUGUUGAAUUUACAGUUUUUCUAAUGUGAUAUCUGAUAAGGUGACUGUUCUACUUCAAACAUUUUGUGCUGUUACGAUAUUCAGUAAUAAAAGUCAUACAUUGUAAAAGCAGAAUUUGCUUUGUC